GCAUUUGAGUAAAUAGAAUGGAAUGGCAAAAAAACCCAAGAAAAUAAAUUUCUAUAAAAACCAAUAAUGCAUCAAAGCUUAGUAAAAUAUUCUUCGUGACAGUGUUGAGGAAUUCAGAACCAUGUCGAAAUUAAAUGUUGUCUUACUAUUUGUGGUUGUUGUGGCCAUCAACAGUGCCAGCGCAGCCCUGCCAUCGCCACUGGAGGUCCUCACCGGUACUCUGAAAAACAUGAAUCAAAUCCGCAACACCCUUUUCUGCCUGGCUCACAGCUGCGAUCCAUUUGCCAUUCAAAAAGCCAUCCUCAUCGAUGAUGUCUCGGAAUUUGAAUUGAAACAGAGAACCAUUAAACCGGAAACCAAGGCAGAUCGUGUCAUGAAAUUGUCAUCUGUUGUAGCUGAGGCAAGCAAGAAGCUAUUGGCCAUUGAUCCCAAUUGCAAAAAUCCUUCAUACACCUGUCCCACUCCCCAUCCCAUUAGCUUGCCCAAGGAAAUUUAUGAUUUUGAAAAUGCUAUGGGCAACAUUUUGGCCUAUUCGAAAUGUACCACAUUGGCUGAUUUUCCUGAAAUUAUUUCACUACUCUCGGAUAGUGUGGAGUAUAUUGAAAAUAAUAGAGAUUCAUCGGGAACUUCGUUCCAACGUGUUGUUCCAGCCGUAGAGUUGGUGGCCAGAGGAUUUAAGAAUAUCUGCGAUCGUCGUGGACAAACGGUGCAGUAAUUUUACUUUGGAAAAUCCGUGAACUAUUAAUGAAAUGGAGGAGGAACGAUAUUGUUUGGACCAUGAUUGGAAUCGUUUUCGACGAUCUUAUGAAAUAUUUCUGAACUUUGGCUAUAGAAAAAUAAUUAUUUAAAAAAUAAAUUUGAAUCUCAUUAAAAA